UGUCACGCCUACGCCCUGGUCGAAGGGCGCGCUACGCGCUGAUCCCCGCCACAGAUUGGCCAGUGUCGCCUCUCUGCUUGGUAUGAAGAACACAGGGCGCGCCUUGUUCCUGGUUCUGUGAAACUAUGCGGGCAAUAGAGGAACUACACAUACUAUAUAUUCCUCUAAGAUCACAGUCAGCAGGAAAACUCGCAACUCACCACUCUCCACUCAACACUCACUAUUCACCGGCAACAUCUCAUAAUGUCUAGCGCAAAAGCUUUGGCCGGAGACUUCCCGGUUCCAAAGUUCAUCGAAGGUGGCUGCGUCUGUGGCGCGUUGCGAUACCGUGUGGAUUUCCCGGAAGACCAUGACUUUAAGGCCGCAUCUGGCAGCUGCCAAUGCACUCAAUGCCGCAAGCAGACCGGGUCUCUGUUUUUCCUUCACCAGACUGUUCCUGCUACGGCAUUCAGCUUCACGUCGGAUACUUCGACCCUGAAGACAUUCCAGGCCAGUCCUAAAGCUUACAGAGCCUUCUGCUCGACUUGUGGCACGUUCUUCUACUGGCAGCCCCAGUCGCGCGAGUACGUAAGCCUCGCAGUCGGCACCAUAGACCCGCUCUACCUGUUCGGAGAGGGCUCCGAUGGGGUGCAGACCGGGCUUCGGGAGGGAGAAGUUGGGCCUAUUCCCAAGAAGGGCUAUGGAUUGGCCCUCGCCGGUGGGGGUGGGGAUCACGGAUGGUGUGCGAAUGAGAUACCAGGGGUUACCGACAACGUCCCCGUGCUUGGACUUGCUCGGGGAAGGAGGCUCGCUGAGGACUGUUGAUACAGGAGAGACUGCUGAACACCGCUGGGAGGGCUGCAAGACACGAACGUUUCCAGUCAGAGUGGAUCAGAUUAAAUUCAACAUGAUUCUGUCUUAUGCGACUCAAUGCACAAUGCACGCCCACUACUUUAUUACAGCGGAUAUUGUGCC